AUAUUCGCUUGUGCCACAGGUACUAAUAUGUGUUGACAUGUAUAAAAUCUUCUGUUAAAAUGGCCAUAUGUUACGAUGUGAUUGAACCAGGGGAACUCGGGCAGAUCGGGUGAGUCAGGAGAUCCCGGAUCCAUUGGACCACCUGGACACAUUGGCUCUAGAGGCAGACCAGGAGAGAGAGCCAUGUCUGAAUGCCAGCUGACCACCUAUAUCCGUGAUAACUGUGCAUGCUCUCAAGGCCAGGCAGCGUGCCCAGCCUACCCCACAGAGCUGGUCUUUGCUCUGGAUAUGUCACAGGAUGUGGAGCCUGCCACGUUUGAGAGGAUGCGCUCCGCUCUCCUCUCCAUAUUGGAUGACGUUGCCAUCGCCGAGAGCAACUGCCCGACGGGUGCACGUGUUGCCGUGGUAUCCUAUAGUGCCAACACCAAGUACCUGAUCCGAUUCCAGGACUACCAACGCAAGCCGGAGUUGUUGGAGGCCAUCCAAAACAUUGCACUGGAACGAACGUCCAACCAGCACCAUCUUGGGGAGGCCAUGCGCUUUGUGGGGCGCCAUGUCUUCAAGCGAACCCGUAAAGCAUUGACGAUGAGGAAGGUGGCAGUGUUCUUCACCAACGGGCCCUCUGUGGACAGCACUGCCAUCAUCACGGCCGCCAUGGAGUUCAAGGCCCUGAACAUCGCUCCUGCUGUCAUCGCCAUGAGGAACUCCCCCGAUGUUCAACGGGCUUUUGAGGCUGAUGACACAGGCAGCUUCAUCCUCGUUCGGCUGGUGGAUAGGUCACAGGACCAAAAUGCUGUGCUGACAAGAAUCAAAACUUGCGUCAUCUGCUAUGACCACUGUAAACCAGCCCAGGGGUGUGAUUUUACUGACGCUCAGCGGCCCCUGGUGGUGGAUAUGGACCUGACCCUGGUGGUGGACGGUUCAAGGGAGAUCCGGGCCGAUCAGUACGCUGGCGUCCAGGAGCUUCUGGGCUCAGUGGUGAAGCAGGUAGCCUGGAGCCCCAAACCCAGUGUGGCUGACGGCCGGGCCAGAGUGGCCCUUCUCCAGACCAGUGGUUCUCUGCUCCCCCAGACUUCCCAGGCCGUCAAGGUAGAGUUUGACCUGCAGAAGUACCACAACCACAUUGGUCUACAGACACACCUGAGGAGCAUGCAGCAGCAGGGAGGAGUGUCGUCUCUGGGGCAGACCCUGGAGUACGCUCUGAGCAAGGUGUUCCUCAAGGCCACCAGGCCCAGGAAGAGUAGAGUGGUGCUGGCUGUGGUGGGGUCCGAGACAGCCCACUGGGACCAGGCCAAGCUGGCCUACAUUUCCCAGAAGGCCAAGUGUCAGGGCGUUUCCCUGUUUGUGAUCGCGGUGGGCGACCAUUACAACAGCACACAGGUGGAGGAGUUGGCGAGCACGCCGUCAGAGCAGCACCUGCUCCAUCUGUGGCACGUGAAGGAGUGGGAGAGAGGCUACGCACAGCGCUUCUUCAGAGCCUUCCUCAGGGUCCUCAGUAAGGGAGGGAACAGCUACCCUCCUGCCCGUCUCAAACUCAAGUGUGAGCAGAUGCUGGGACAGGAACACGGACAGGGACAAGGACAGGCAGAGUGGGAUGUGUGGAAUGAGGAAGAGGAGUACACAGAUGAGGAGGAGUUCCUGGAGCACACUGGUGUAUUUCCGACUCAGAUAGCUCUUGACCAGGUUGACACUAUACAUGCCUUCUCCAGGGGAGAUGGAGCCACUUCACCGUCCCGGCCACAGCCAAACUCUAAUGAUCACACAACCCUCCUGAGGACAGAGGAAAGUACAGUUCUUAACCAGGAUGCAUGUUUCAUCAAACAGGACAAGGGAGGUUGUGAGAACUACACUCUGAAGUGGUACUUCGACACAAUACAGAGCGAGUGCUCCCGUUUCUGGUAUGGCGGCUGUGGCGGCAACGGUAACCGCUUCGAGACGCAGGAGGAUUGCGAAGGCCUCUGUCUGAGGAGGAACUCCACACAUGUAAAACCCUGAUUAGAGUGAAUUGAAGAAGAUCACGCCAGAAACCAGCCAAACAAAUGUCUCAUUCAAGGUGUGAACAUCAAAAACAACACUGUCUGUGUAAAUAACUCUGGCCCUUAACUUUAGCAUUUAGUUGUUCUCCUUUUGGGUAAAAAUGGAAAUGACUGAAACAGAAGUAUGAAUAUUUCUCUCUUUUAUUCAAGUCUGUUCAAGCAGACCUAAGUAACGGAUCUGACUCUCAUGCAGUCAUGCAACAAACAUGCAUAAGGGCACUGCUGCUUUUGUGAGAAUGACAUUAAAGCAAUGAAAUAACCUGUGUCUCUUGUGGCUAUUUUCCAUCCUCACAGAUCAACAGCUACCAAACCAACUCAAGCACCAGGCAAUGCACUGUUAACUUGGAUGUUAACCGUAGAUGUAAAUUCAGGCUGUAUGUCAUCCGCUCAGUGUUUGUAAUUAGGAUUUGUUGCACUGUGUGUCUGUUUCCUCUAACUUGACCAUUUUGUUUACAUACCCUACAUCUCAUAUGUAUAUACUGUACUCGAUACCAUCUACUCCAUCUUGCCUAUGCCUUCUGUACCAUCACUCAUUCAUAUAUCUUUAUCUACAUAUUCUUUAUCCCUUUACACUUGUGUGUAUAAGGUAGUUUUGGAAUUGUUAGGUUAGAUUACUCGUUGGUUAUUUCUGCAUUGUCAGAACUAGAAGCAAAAGAAUUUCGCUACACUCGCAUUAACAUCUGCUAACCAUGUGUAUGUGACAAAUACAUUUGAUUUUAUUUGGUGCUACCAAAAUAAAACUCCACAAAUUC